AAAGGAUUCACUAGGCUCGUGUCAGGGGGGAAAAGAAAAUAAGUUGUUUUUUCGAAGAGGGAGGCGAGAAACUCAAUGGUGCGUGUACCUUUAAAUGUUAAAGCUCAGAUCGUGGCAGAAAGCAAAAGGCUGUGCUGUAACAUCACUGAUAAGACACGAGGUCCCCAAGGUAAAACAGCUGACGGCUACUUAAAUGGCAUCGUCUCGGAGUGGAAGGUUAGACAUGCCGGAGCUCAGUUGUAGGAGGACUUAGAGGAGGCAAAGAGACACAGAAGGCACUCGCCUCCCCAGGGGUGCUGCCCCCAGUGUAACACAUUCCCAUUUAUUCAUCUGCCUGCCACUGCUGUCUCUGGUUUGCAUUUUUUUUACGAGCUAGCUGGAAGUUAUCUGGAGCAACAUUGUGGCUUGUGGUGGCGGAGAGGUUCGCUUGCUGUUGUAGGCAGCAGUCGCUGAAAGACCUCCGCUCUUUUGUCUCGCAGCUCCGACCAGGUGUUUGCCGGCGUUGCCGAUAGCGACCAGGCGGCCGGUCGGUAUGUCCGUACACCCGGCGUGUGCAGUGAUUGAAAGCUCUGAUGAACAGCGCGGCGCACACGCCAGCGGAGCGCCAGGCAUUCAGUAAUGGCAGCAGGACUCGGCAAAAGAAAGCUGUGCUGGGUGUGAAACAGGAAGGCAAGUCAUUACCAUCCAUUCUGUCAAAGCAAUUCCACCUGAGAGAUGAGCCUCGGACUGAUUAAACCAAUGAUCCGCGAGCUGGAUGGGUGGCAAGGAACAGAAGGCUUGGAAGGCAUAGUCUUAGGACCCAGCCAGAUAAGCAUGUCCAUCACUGACACGACUGCUUGGGCCACAGCCAUGAACAACUUGGGGAUCUCGCCGAUGCCACUGGUAUCAGAUCCCAUCUGCGUGCCUGCGUUCGAACACAGCCUGGGGCUCAUGGCGGGGAUGGCCCCGGUCAACCCCACGAUGACCGGCAUAGGUUUAUUGCGACCAGCCGGCCCCCAGGGGCUGCCAGUAAUGAAGGAAAUCAUCCACUGUGCCAGCUGCACCCUGUUCCCUGCAAACCCAAACCUGCCCCCUCCGGCUACCCGCGACCGCCCGCCCGGCUGCAAGACGGUGUUUGUGGGAGGCCUGCCAGAGAACGCCGCCGAGGAAAUCAUCCGCGAGGUUUUCGAGCAAUGUGGCGCCAUCACAGCACUCCGCAAGAGCAAGAAGAACUUCUGCCACAUCCGCUUUGCUGAGGAGUUUAUGGUGGACAAAGCCAUCUACUUGUCAGGCUACCGCAUGAGGCUGGGCUCGAGUACGGACAAGAAGGACACAGGCCGCCUGCACGUGGACUUUGCUCAGGCCCGGGAUGACUUCUACGAGUGGGAGUGCAAGCAGCGGAUGUUUGCGCGUGAGGAGCGGCACAGGCGGAUGAUAGAGGACGAGCAUCUGCGGCCGCCAUCGCCUGCCCCCAUCGUGCACUACUCGGACCACGAGGCCUGCCUCACUGCCGAGAAACUCAAAGAUGAAAACCAGUUCUUGGAGGCCACCUCGGUGUUGCUGGCCUGGUUUGAACGCGGCGAGGUGACACGCCGCUCAGCCAACAACUUCUACUCCAUGGUCCAGGCCGUCAACGGCCACAGCCGGAGACUGAUGAGCGAGAAGGCGGCCCACGAGCAGGAAUUGGAGGACGCCAAGGAGCGGUUCAAAAACGCCCUCGCAGGAAUCCUGACCGGAUUUGAGCAGAUUGUGGCCGUUUUCAAGGCCGCUUCGAAGCAAAAGGCAUGGGACCAUUUCUCGAAAGCUCAACGCAAGAACAUUGAAAUAUGGCGAAAGCAAGCUGAGGAGGUCAGAAAUGCACACAGUGAAGAACUCAUGGAAAUUCGUCAUGAAGAAGAGAUGGAAAUGUCCGAUGAUGACUUUGAAGAAAGUCCAUCUAAAAUCCCCAGAGUCGACGAAUCAGCUCUACAUGCCCAGGCCCGUGCACUGAAGGAGGAGAACGACAGCCUGAGGUGGCAGCUGGAUGCCUACAGAAAUGAGGUGGAGCUGCUUAAGCAGGAGCAGGGAAAAUUCUACCGGACAGAUGAAAGCCACACCAAGGAUCAGCAGCUGCAGUUCCAACAGCAGGCAAUGCAGGGCAUGCAGCAGCAACUACUUGCUCUGCAAGAAGAAUACAAGAAAAAGGAAUUGGAACUGGAGAAAAUAAAGGAGGAAAAAUCACAAGUACAAGCAUUGCUUGCAAGUCUUAAAGAAAGGGAGACGAAUGGGUUCACCCAGAACAGGCUGAGCAGCGAGGGAAGUGUCGCCGCCCGAUCUCUCAAAUCAGAGAAAGAAGCUUUAUUAGUGGGGAUCAUAUCGGCCUUCCUCCACGUCCACCCGUUUGGAGCCAACAUUGAGUACCUGUGGUCCUACCUACAGCGAUUGGAUGCCAAGAUAUCUUCGGGAGAAAUUGAAACGCUUCUCCAACAACUGCCGAACAUGUUUAAGCAAGAGUUCACUGGCGUUGGAGCUACACUGGAGAAAAAAUGGAAAUUUUGCGGUUUUGAGGGAAUUAAGUGUGUCAGCCAAUGACCUGAGAUGGAGAAAAAAACUCUGUGGAUUUCAGAUUCCAUUCGGUUUAUGCAUCGGCAAGCGUGAAAUUUAACGAUUAUGGAUUGAAAGGCACAGAGCUGCCGUGACCCGAGAUCUAAUGACCAUUUCUACCUUGUCUCUGAUGACUGACUCCAGACCCUGGUGCCUGGCCAGUGCCAGGAUGUGGUGACUGUGGCAUGACCUUCGUUGGACACACUUGUCCCCAGACUUUAAUCCACGAGGAACAAAGGAAAAGACAGUGAGAGAGGUUGGGGAGGGAGGGGUUGGUGGAAUAGAAGGGGGAGGGAGUGUUGGUGGGGGAUGCGUUAUUGGGAGCUUGACAACACAUCACCGGGAAUAAAGGUGGAACGAACUGAAGCCCUUGUAGUAUUGCGCAGGAGAGAUCUAAAAGUGGGGACAGGGACCCAGAUCCCUGACCCCAGGUAGAACAGCGAACCUCGCCCUCUCAUCAAGCCUUGACUGAGCUGUAUUUCUGGAACAGGCUCUAGUUGUGUGCCAAACAUCACCAAAGCUGCCCAGGCUACAUGAGCAUCAAGAUUGAAGGCCCAGUCCUCAGGAGCCACUCACAUGUGCUGGCGUCCCUCUCUAACAUGCUCAGGGGGCAGGGAGCUCCUGCAUUGAUCUUCCACUGCAUCCCACCUAUGCGACUGGGCAUUGAGCACUGAUCAGAGCAAUGGACCCAGGGGGAGAGCAGAGUAUUAUUAAUUCUCUGGUCGGAGUCCACAUGCUGAGAAUACCCAAUAAUGGGCACCCCUAGACUAUCUCCAGCCUGGUUGCCCUGCCCCAACCCUAAAGUCGUGUCUUGUUCAUAUGGUCUCACUCCAUGAACGCCCAGUUAAAAUGACCCGGAAAAUGUCUCAAUUACAUUUCUAUGCGGAACUAAAAUCAAUUUUCAGUUGCAUAAAGUUGAAGAUGCAAUGGUGCAAAUGUUUUCUUGUGCUUUUCUUCCAUUCUUUCCCCUCACCUCCUGUCUUAUGUGACCAUCGUGUUUGCACAUCACACAGAUGGAGAAGUAUUAUUAUUGUGUAAUUUGGAAAUAAAUUAUUUUUCUGAAAGUUUA